CCCCCCUCCCUCCCCUGCCCCUCUCCUCCCCUUCUCUCCCCACCCCCUUGGGUGCUCUUUGCCGACCUUUCCGAUUACCUAGCCUCCACGCGGGAGUCUGAGCGCCAUGUUCACCGACAUUUCCUCCAUCUACACCGAUGGGAAGUCGCCCCAUGCCCCGGCCGAGGUGGCGCCGCCGACGGCGGCCGCGGCCGCUGCCUCUGGCGGUGCCGCCGCCGCGGCCGAGCCCGUCGACCCCGGCCUGAUGGCCGUGGCCCGGUACCUGCAGAAGGCCAUUCCCCACCGGGAUGGCAUCCUGGAGGGCCGGCGCUUCCGCAUCUUCACCGUCAACGAGGCGAUGAACAGCCUGAUGGGCCCGCGGGCGCCGCUGCUGCCGGUGGCCAAUGCCGAGACCCUGCGCAAGGAGAUGCAGGAGGCCGUGGCCCAGUACGAGGCGGCGGCCCGGGCCAACCCGAAGAACCCGCCUCCCCAGCCGGCCGGCAUCCGGCUCUUUGCGGUGGCCGUGCGCCAGACCCUGGCGCGCAUGCGCAACGCCGACCUCAUCGACAGCUGCAUCGCCACCAUCGACCUGGUCCGGCAGAAGAGCCAGAUCCCCGGCGAGCCGGACCGCGUGCGCGAGCGCAUCUCCCUCAAGAUCUAUGACGGGGACCACAUGAGCGACGAUGGGGUGUAUGUCUUCCUGGUGCAGGAGUCCUCCUUCAUGUCGGUGAUCUACAUGUUCAUUGUCAUCUGCCUCAUCGUGGCCAUCCCCCUGUUCGCGGUCUGGCCCUACUGGCUGCGCAUGGCGGCCCUCUACACGGUCGGCGGCCUGGCCGGCGUGCUGCUGGUGGCCCUGCUGGUGGCCCGGCCGGCUCUCUACUACGGCACUCGCUACAUCUACCCGGCCGAUGGCCGCCAUGCCCUGACCCUCUUCCCGAAUGCCGACCGCGAUGACAUUCCCCUGCUGGAGUCCUUCAAGCCCUUCAUCGGCUGGGAUGACUAUGUCCAGCGCGAGGCCGACGAGCUUGCCGCCCAGCAGGCCCAGAAGGAGAAGAAGGACGACUGAUGGGCCCUCGAUGCGUGUGCGCUGCAUGCUCCCUCCCGGCGGGCCAGAUCCCCCCCUUUUGCCUGGCUCUACGGUUCGCCGGCUGGGGGGGGGGGGGCCUGUGCUGGGGAUUUGCUUCCUCAGCGAGCGGAUGGACUCACGGUCGUCCUUUUUCUCUCGGGCGUGUGCCUCGGCGCGUGCCUCGGCGUGUCCCUCUGCCCCCGCCCGAGAUGCAAUCCACCUCCACUCCUGCAUACAGCCUGCCGGCAUUCUCCCUCCCUUCCUCUUUCCCCUCUCUCCUCUCUCCCCACCCUCCCCAUCCUCUCCUCUCUUCCUCCUCUCUUCCUCCUCUCCCUUCUUCUCCCUUCGAUUUCCCCCUCCCUUCCAUCCAGGUGCCAGCACACUCGGCCCCGGUGGGAGACCGGAACUAGCAGGGAAACGCCACGACAGAAAGAAAAAAAGCAAUAAAUAUCCCCCUCUCCAUGAUGAACAAGGCAAAAAAAAAAAAAAAAAAA